AUGUUGGUAGUUGCGGCCUGGUCUUGCAUGAUCCCCAUCAUGUUUGGUCUCUUCCUUUACCUCUGCUCGGUCCCGGCGCUGUGGCCGUUCAUCGCAACCUAUUGGAUCUGGGUACACUACAUCGACACGAGCCCCGCGUAUGGCACCCGCCUCAGCCCGUGGUUUCGCUCUCUUAAAAUUUGGCAAUACUUUGCGGACUAUUACCCUGCAUCGUACGUCCCCUCUGAUCUGUAUGAAUGCGACCUCCCUGCAGAUAGGCCGUACGUUUUUGGGUACCAUCCGCACGGUGAGGGCGCAAUGGCCACCUUUGCGACCGAAGGGACUGGCUUCUCGCGUGCCUUUCCCGGGAUCCGCCCCCACGUCCUCACGCUCACCAGCAACUUCAAGAUCCCAUUGUACCGAGAAAUCAUCAUGGCGCUCGGCGUCUCCUCCGUUUCGAAGCGCUCGUGCUCCAACAUCCUUUCAGGCAAGGGCUGGCGCGGCGCCCCCAAGUUCGGCCCCGACGGCGACCGGCUGCCGGCCAGCGCCGGGGAGGCGAUUACCAUUGUUGUGGGUGGCGCGGCAGAGAGUUUGAGUGCUCGGCCGGGGACCGCGGAUUUGACGUUGAGGAAGCGGCUUGGGUUCAUCAAGAUUGCUAUACAGCAUGGCGCCGACCUGGUCCCUGUGUUCUCCUUCGGUGAAAAUGAUAUCUACCAGCAGAUGCCUAACGAACGAGGGACGACCGUGUAUACGGUGCAGAAAAAGUUCCAGAGCGUGUUCGGCUUUACGUUUCCGCUCUUUCACGGACGUGGGCUGCUAAACUAUAACCUCGGAUUAUUACCGUACCGUAGGCGGAUCGUUUCAGUCAUUGGUCGUCCAAUCCACGUCGAGCGCACCGAGAAGCCGACGACGGAGGAGGUGAUGCGCAUACAGUCGUUGUAUAUUGAGGAGCUCAUGCGAAUCUGGAACACAUACAAAGACGAGUUUGCCAAGACGCGGACGCGCGAGCUUAGCAUCAUUGAUUAG